UAAAAAAUAAUCGGCUUUAAGGCAUAGUUUCUUUUUAAACUUUAUUUUGUUUAAAUAAGACAUACAUAUUAUGUUUAAAACUUUUAUUUAAGUUGUGUUUGUUUAAAAGUGUCUGGAAAGGAUAAGGCAUAGUUAAAAAAGUGUGCUCUAUGGAUUUACGUGCGAGAAUGUAGAUAUUGUUAUUUAUGUUCAGCGUAUCUGAAGUGAAAAAGGUGUGGACUAAAUUAUAAAGAAGAAAAAUUCUGUAUUCAGUGGAAUAUGCAUUACGGGAGCUUGUGGCAGUGAAUGACUUUAUACAAAUAACAAGGGCGAGGAUAUCCCCAUUGAUUAAAAUAUUAACAAUUACAAAUUUUGUUUUAUUUGCAUUGAGUGAUUUGAAUAUCGUUGAGAUAAACUAUCUAGUUAACUACAUUUUAAACUUCAGUUUUUGGACGACGCGACGCGACUCUAAAAACAAAAUAUGCGUCCCCAAGUAAAUUCAUAAUUUAAAUAAAAUGCAAAACUAUUCAACAGCACAAUAACAAUGACAUUAAUUAUGACACUAAUAAGAUAACAAUAAUACAGAUUUAUAAGUGCAGAUGAUGUAUCUGCAUGGAAGGCAGUGAUAAUUUGUUUGUCACCUAGUGAUAAUAAUGAUUAAAACUAUAUUUGAUUCAAUAUAAUUCAUAAUAAAAAGUUAGAGCUUCGAGUUGCAAUGCGACAGUUAGAACUUAUAUUAGAGUAACAUACCUACCUAGUUGUAAUAAUAGUAGACUUUGGGCGCUGUAACAAUAUAAAAGAGAUACAUAAACAAAAAGGAAAAUGGGAAAAGAUCAAGAAUUUUUAGAGGCCGCUAGAAAUGGAAAUAUAGUACAAUUUGAGAAAUUACUUAAUCAAAAGAGUAAGCGUGGAGGUCCAUUAGCAAGUUUACGACGAGGACCUGGAAUAAACGUUCAAGAUAGUGUUGGUUAUUCUGCAUUACAUUAUUCUGCUUUAAAUGGACACACCGAUAUUGUUCGUUUGCUGUUAUUCCAUGAUGCCUCACCGAAUCUCCUUGAUUCACGUGGGUCUUCUCCACUUCAUUUGGCAGCUUGGGCAGGUCAUCAGGAAAUUGUUAAAAUGCUACUCACACAUCCCUACAAACCAGCUAAUCCUGAUAUGCAAACCAUUGAGAACGAAACACCAUUGCACUGCGCAGCGCAACAUGGUCAUACGGGGGCUCUAACAACCCUUUUGGCACACGGUGCCGAUCCGAACGUUAGAAAUUGCCGAAAUGAAACACCUUUAGAUUUAGCUGCACAAUAUGGUCGUUUGCAAGCAGUUCAAAUGCUCAUCCGAGCCCAUCCGGAGCUCCUUCAACCGUAUAGCGGUGAAUUGGAUUCCUCAUCAUCUAUGUCUUCCAACGCCGGCGGCGGCGUUUCGACUCCAAUUGUGGUCAAUCAUUCAGCUUUACAUUUGGCCAGUCGAAAUGGUCACAAUAACGUGGUUGAGAUUCUCCUUGCAGCUGGUGUAAAUGUCAAUCUUCUUACACAUUCUGGAACAGCAUUGCACGAAGCGGCAUUAUGUGGUAAGGAUUUGGUGGUAAGAACUUUGUUAGAAGCUGGUGCUGAUUUAAAUGCAACCGAUUCUGAGAAUCGAACACCUUUGGAUGUCCUUCAAGAAUUUCCUCCCCAUGUUACUAAGAGCAUCAUUUCAGUCAUUAACAGCUUUAGGAGGCACGAUAAUGAUGGAGAAUCGUAUGAAAAAUAUUUAUCAGAGGAAACUGAUGAAGCUGAUGAUAUUCCCAAAGAGAAUCAAUCAAGAUUUCUGAAUAACGCUGCUUCGAUUGACUCAUCUGACUUAACAGAAAACUGCAAACAUUCAAAUUUAUCUCAACAAGCAAAAACUACUUCAAAUAGUGAAUUAACGGAUUUCUAUGUUAAAAUGGAACCUAUAAAAUUACAAAAGGCUGCACCUAAAAAACCUCCCCGCCGUAAUCUUUCCAUAUCUCCAACGCACUUACAGAAUUUCUUUCAAAAUAACGAACUGAUUAGACAUAAAACGGAUUUUCGGGGAAGUAUUGCUGAAACCGAAGUACCAGCGGCGCACUCGGCAUCCAUUGAAAACUCAUUACAUAAUCGUGGUUCAUAUGAAUUUGACGCCUGUACAGCUAGUUCUGGAUCUGGAAUAUAUAGUAGCAAUGAAAAUCUAAUAAAAGCAAAUAAUACAACAAGCGGAACAAAUAAUUCAUGGUAUCCGUCAGAUACCGGGAAUCUCGAUUCCACAUCAGACUUCAAUUCCAUAGCUCCAAGAAAACUUAAAAAUUCCUAUCCUUCGUAUGGAAAUACGACCCUUAAAUCAUAUAAUCCAAAUAGAAAACUUAAACGGAAUAGGGAGCAAUACUUUUCGAAAGGCCAGUUCAGUUUAGCAAUAGGUAACAAUAGUAAGCACCUCCCAGGAAGCCACAAAACGCCAAAUUCGAUUAACAAUGAAACGAGACCGUUAAACCAAGAUCAUAAAUAUCGUCCUGAUUACGCACAACAAAAUACUUUGGACGAUUCUGGAAUCUCACCACAAGAUAACAAUUCGUUGUCGUUGUGUAAUUCUAGUGGCUCAAUUAGCUCUGGCGUAUCUCCAUCUGACCGUAGUCUUUCUACGGAUUGCGUUGAAGAAUAUGUGGGUGAUGAGCCUUUUGCAGGUCUGUUCAAGGGUUCAACAAUGAACUUAAGCAAUGCAUGUUCAAACAAUAUUCCCAAAGGUUAUAACAUAUCCAAGGAAUUUCAUAAAUCAUCAGCUAUAAAGUCCCGACGAGACACUGAAGAUACUUAUAAACAUACAGCAUCAUCCACAACCGAUUCCCAUUCAGAAUCUUCAGAUGAAGCCUCAGUAACAAUUGUAAACGACAAGGGCAAUAAUAGAAAUGUCCGUACGAAAAGAGACAAACGUUUGGGCUCCGAUCGAAGAAACAAAAUGAAAGAAUCUCAUAAUAGUCGAAAAGUCAAGCCAUUUUCCUCUUGUGAAAAUAACUCUCAAAAACUAUUUUCUAAUUCGGCUGUGAAGUCUGAGUGGAAGAACGAAGGCUCGAGUUCAAUAAUGGCAACAGCGAUGACACCUCCUAUCAGCAAUUUGCCUAUUAAGAAACAGUCUUCUUCAUUCGAUACACAUCAAUUUCCUGUGGUCUCUGGCCAGAGCUCAAAGAUUCUGAAUUCAUAUAAUGAAAAUGAAGCUUGGGACAAGCUGUCUCAGAUCAUGGAAACAUUUGGCAAUAACACUUUAAAUGGUCUAAGUUCAUUUCUAGAUAAUGAUGAUGUAAAUCGUGGGGGAGAAUAUGGAAAACUUGCUAAGUUAUUGGAUCAAAAUGGAUUAAGGCAUUUGGAACGUUCAUUGUACAUAAACGGCUAUGAUAACCUACAAUUUUUGAAUGGUAUUUUUGACGAAAAAGACUUAUCCGUUCUUAAUAUCUCCGGCGGAGAUGCGAAGAAAUUACUUGCAUUUAUUACAACUCUACCACAUGUUCAUUUUACACCGCUGCCAAUCGAAGCAAGUUUGGAUCAAUGGCUUAAAAGCAUUCAACUCCACGAGUAUAGUGAACACUUUAAAAAACAUUUGUAUAACAGUUUGAAAAGUGUUUGCGGCGUUUGGGAAAUUGAAUUGCAAACUGUAUUGGAGAUAAAUAAAAUCGGACACAGAAAACGUAUUUUGCAUUCUGUUGCUCAUAUUCGUCAAACAGGUGAUGUUAAGUAUUUGGCAUCUGAUAGUACAGCCAAUAUGCCACUCACUGCCAAGGAAAACAAUCCUAAUGGAACCUUAGGGCAUAAAAAGAAAAAUCGACCAGCACCUAAGCCACCUACUAAAAGUCUUGAAAUUCGUGCGCCAUCAGAACUCCUUAUUGGUUUACCUCAUAAUCUUCAAAUAAAAUGGCCGCAUUUAACGAGCUCUCUCAUAUCAAAUAGCUUAAAGUACGAAGUCUGUUACCUUGGAUCAACUGUUGUAAAGGAACUUAGAGGAACGGAAACAACUCGCAAGUCGAUACAAAAAUUGAAGCGUGCGGGCCAGAUGACUCGUUUAAAGGAAAAACAAUCGAUAGUUCAACUAUCUAUUUCAUAUCGAGGUGUCGAAUUUAUUGACAUUGCUAAAAGUGAAACAAUUUGUGAGCAUGAAAUUCGAAAUAUAAACUGUGCAUGUCAAGAUGCAGACGAUAUGCGUCACUUUGCAUAUAUAACCAAGGAUAAUGGCCUAAACUUACACUACUGUCAUGUAUUUAACGUGGAUAAUAUGCAUUUAGCAAUGGAGAUAAUUUUGACACUAGCUGAAUCGUUUGAGGUUGCCUACCAGAUUGCUCUAAGAAAUAUACCAAUUCGUAAAAGUGCGGAACAAUUGACGACAACAAAUUAAUGCAACGAAAAUCUUAAAAUUAAAUGGCCAAUUGCAAUGAAAACUUUAAGCACCAACCAAGACUGCAGAAAAUAUGAUUCAUAACUAUUAUUGCAUUAAUUUAUUAUAAAAACCAAUAAUCAAAACCAUCGAAUUAUUAUUAUUAUAUAAUAAUAAUAUAAUUAUAAAAUACAACUCUCUCUUUAUUAUACUAUGUACUGCAAUCCAAAAAAUUAACGAUAUUGAAGCUUUGUUUUCCAAUUUCUUUGAUUAUAUUAAGUUUGGUAAAUAUCUUAAUUCAAGAUUGCCAAGUGAAGAAGUUGCUCUAUUUUUUUUAGUAAGAAAGGAAUCAUGAACAAUAUUUAAUAUCAAAAUGCAAAAGUCAAUUAAAGUUGUUUGAAUCAUACGUAUAUAUUUUUUUUAAACUUAGCAAUAUAAAUGUUGAGCUAAGUGAAGAGAUUGUUAAAACUAUAAAUAUAGUAUUUCCUAAAAUUAAUUUAUUUUCAAAAAUUUACAAUCACAAUUAAAAAACAAAUUGUCGAUUUCUUUCUUCACUGGUAGUUAACGAGUGCUUUCAAAGGCAUACCGGAAAUUCAAUUCGGUUCAAAACGAAGAAAAUGUUAUAAAGCUGAAAAGUGUCUAAUUCUUGAGAAUGGACAUGCCUUUUUUUCGAUCAGCUAGCCAAUUAGUGAAUAUUAUACUUGAAAUAUCGUUAAGUCCCUUAAUGUUAAUGUAACAUAAUCAUACAAAAAUUUAAAAAAAAUCAAAGCAUCGCUAUAAUUUUUGCAUUACUUUUGUUACUUAAAAAAUAAGUUUAAAAAAUGUAGGUUUUAUCUCGAAUUUUCUAUUGAGUGUGUUAUUUGUUAAAUAUGUAGAAAAAAGUUUGUUCAUGUUUCAAGAAAAUAAUGUAGUUAAAAAUUACAAAAAAAAAAACAAUUUUUUUACAUUUUACAAGUUCAAAUUAAUUAUUAAAUUAGUUAAAAUAUGUUUUUUUUAUUUAAUUUUAAGUUACGAAUAUAUUUUUUUUAUAGAAUAUUAAUGUUUAUUUUGUGAAUUUGAACUUUCAAAAAAUAUCAUAAGUUUUGAACAUAUAAAAAUAUCAUUAUAAAUCUAUACAUAAACUUUAUAUAAAUACCUAACAAAUGAAUGUGAAACUUAAGGGAACUCUACUUACAGAGCCCCAUAAGUAAAGGUCAAAACCGAAUAUGAUGAAAAGUUUGAUCAUGACCGAACAGAAUUUGUUCUUUUCCAUGUCCUAACGAUUUUGUGGUAACGGCUGUUUUACUGAAGUUUUGGAAAACACCUAUUUUUAGUCAGUUUUUUAAUCACCCUGUCCAGAAAGUGACAUAGGUUUUUAAUGAUUUUGAAAUUCUAAAAUUACACAAUGUUGGAGAAAGCAAAACAUGAACUUGUAUGAAAUAUACCAUUAAGCUGAUAUAGCCACAGAGAUAAAGCUUGGUAAGGUCCGGUGGGUAAGGCACGUAGAAAGCAUGAGAGAAGUCAUGUGGGACAGACCAUGUCUCUGCUAGAAGCCUUAAGGUGCGCGACUGGAUGGCUUCGAUGAGCAACCGCAAAAGGUAGAAUAAGUAUGUUGAACGAGGCCUGGACCGGAUCCUGGUUGUGGCGGAUAAUGUAAGUUAGUAUAAUUAAUGUCGGGAUAAUUUAUUUUUAGUAAAAAACGGGGCAUUGCCAUAUCGGUGAACAAUAAUUAUAACUUUGAGAUUAAAAUAGAACCCAAUUUUGCACUUCAAUCCUUAGAAAAAGUAAUGUGCUGACAAACAUCUAUGUAUAGGUGUUGGCUAUUUAAUUGAAACAUUUACUUAGUUUCUUAACUUUCCAAAAAGUUACACCCUUUAAAAACCGUAAAGAGAUGGCUUGAAACAAAAUAAAAUGCUCUUUUUAGAUUGAUUUCAAUUUUUUCAAUUGCCAUCUUAGUUUUACAUUGAAAAGUUAAAAAAAAAACAAAGAAUAUUUUUGAAAAAAAAAACAACUAAAAGUUUGAAGUGCAAAAUUAUUGACAGUUUAUUGAAAGGCAAUGUCUAAUAUUUGUAUUGUCUUAAAAUUAUUUGUCUUUGGGUUACUUUAAAAUGCUAAAACAUUAAAAAAUAAAGGGUAAUUAACAAACACACUAAAAGUAUGUGAUUUUCAAAAUUGUAUCUAAACAAGCCUUUUCUCGAAUACCAUUAAGCCUCAGUACAGUUCAGAUACCAAAUUCUCUUAAAUCAUUGUCAAACAUUUGACCAUAUUCAGUUUGGAUUAUUAUUUAUAUGGGAAACCCUGCAUGUAUAAUUACUAUAUGCUAUGUUGCUAAUUCAAAUACUUCUAACAAGAUUAUUUUAUAAUUAUAUUGAAAUAAACAAUUAAAUAUUAUUAAAUUAGCUAACGGUGAUAUAAUUCUAAUGAUAAUUUGUUAUUUGUUUCUUAAAAUACAAAACAAAAAUGAAGCUAAAAACAAAUAAUUUGAAUAAAUUCCUAUUAAGAACUAUGCAAGUGCAAAAAAACAAAAAUUUAAAUAUAUUAUGAUACUAUGUAUAUUUGGUUGUUAUUGUUGUUAGUAAAAAAAUAUUUAAAUCCAUAUGGCUAAUAUUAACUUAAGCCGUCAUGAAUUUAGCUAAAUCAAAUAAUUGAUAGUUAAUAAA